AUGUCUGAGUCUGCCUGUGACUAUCUUAAAAGGUUUCUGUCUGAAGUUGAUGGGAUCCUCGGUAUCUUUGUUGCGGAUAAAGACGGAGUCGUUGUUGCAAGUGCCACAAUGGAUGAUAUGCCUGAUCAAGCACGCUCACCAUAUGUUACUGCUGCUUUUAUCGUAUCAUUACAACAAGUAAACAAACUAGAUCUUGGAGACUUAGAAUGGAUGAUCACUAGUUAUCAAGAGAUGGUGAUCUGCCAGUUUCAUUUUACAUGCCAAUCAGCUUUACCAUUAUUUCUGACGGUUGUUGGCUCCAGUGAAUGCAAUAUAGUAAAGGUUUUGGAUAUAAACAGCCGACCAAACCUAUUUGCAAUUGAUAAGCAUAAGAAGUUCAGCACGCACUAUAAAAUAAUACUAAAUAAGCUUACAUUCAAACCUAAUAUCGAAUAGAUAUGAAUUGGAGUAAACACUGCAUAUGGACAGUGACGCUAAGAAAAUAAACCGUAAAAUGUGUGAGAUUCAUUUCAAAGAACACAUUUUGUCGCAAAAGUAUGUUUAUUAAAGCGGUGGGUUAAUAAAAUGUUGGCGAUGUUAGAUCUCUAGAACUCGAGGUAAAUAUCUUAUUUUUGUAAUUUGAGUUUUUUCACGCCAAAAGCGCUCACUCCAUUUUCAUUUCUCACACUGGUUCGUUGUCUCUCUUCAUAUGCUAUUUUGUAACGUUUCCCAAGGAUAUUUUUUAUGCUGUAUAUAUGCGUUUAAGUUGUGCUUGUUGUUCGGGCUUCUGAUUGCUUGUGAAAUACAUUCCCCUCUUCUG